AUGGCACUUCCACACGGCUUCAUCGAGAACUUCGGCAAUGUCAGCAUGAACUCGCAAGCCGAGAAUGCUUCGACACGAGAGCUUUUACAGCGACACAUAUGGACAUUCCACUAUCCGAGUGCCGAAAUCCUCGAGUAUCCCGAGCGAUUUCUCGUCGACUGUCCUUCGCAGUAUGAGAUGCGAUCGGAACCUCGCCCCUUAGAGACGCUUUCAGAACAAGAGACUCCUCUGUUUGCGAUCUUUCCGUUAGGUCCACCUCCCGCCCGCCUCGAAGUCCCUGGAGACAAUAUCAUCGGCAGGUUACUAGCUUGGGGAGACAGCUUAUAUAGUCGCGGUGCUGGGAUCACCGAGCUCCAUGUUGCCAAGCGUUGGAGGAAGUCUGGAUUCUCCUGGGGCAUCAGGGUCAAGUCACCCUUGGGCGCUGCUCCUGUGCAGGUAUGCGAGUUCUCUGAAGACGAGUGGCAGAUCCUGAUAGACCACGCGGAUGAGUUCGAGUGGCUUGCCCUCCUGCGAGGUCUCGUGACCAGGGCCUCAGAUCGAGCAUGGUACCACGUACAAGACCGAAUUGGAGAGCUCCAAGCCCAAAAUCAGAUCGAAUACAUGAGAGACCAGUGGAACGAAAGAUCCCCACGGCCGGCGAUCCUGCUCCUCGAAAAUACUCUCAGAUACGCCGAUGACAACGGUUAUCUCAUCGACUGGAGGACCCCACUCAGCGAAGUGUUCGCCAGGCCACUGCAAUUGCCUUGUGGCCACGUCAUGGACAUGUCUGAUCUGGACUACUACAACCUGAGCGAUGAGAUGUGUCAUGAAAUCCCCUGCGAGGACUGUGGUAAUCCAAUCUUCAUGCGCUGUGAUCUCCGAGAGCUCCAACUCGGUCGGGACAAGGAGGAUCUUCGCACCUUCGUGCUCAGCAAUAGGACGUGGACGAACCUGACUCAAGACUUCAAGUAUCAAGUCAUGACCAUGAAUGUAGAGGCCAAAGUGUUGUUCUUGGCUGUGCACGCCACCUUUGAGUCUUUCAAGGUGCCGUCAUUGAUCAGCCCAGGUGCAUUGUGCUUCGUCAACCAGCCCGAGACUAGGGUCGCGCUGGCUGAGCUUAAGUCUUUCCUAUACACCAACACUACUGCGUUGACAGGUACUCCGAGCCAGCUACUCGAUGGGCUACUUCAGAAAGCGAUGUCGGCAUCAGUCGGCCAAGCGAAGACACUAGCAGACAUCGAAGCGGUACCUGGCUGGCAGGAAGCACUUCGCGCAUGCAUGAUACGAGCUAUCAAUUUCUUGCUGCAUCGCAACUGCAUAACCACGAGCGAGCGCCAUCGAGGUUUGCAUCGUCAUGCAGGUGGAGUGCUGUACUACAGUGCUAGGUCCUGGACUUCCACUCAGGUCAGCGAGGAUCUGGCCCAGGACGAGUACGAUGAGUAUUAUGGGGGAAUGCAGGAGGUUCCGGCAACUGUGAAUGACAUCGAUGCGAUGAUGGGAGAUGCUAGCAUGUAG